AUGAAUGCGAAGAAGUCUGUUGUCCCAUUAGAUAUACUACGCAACUGCAAGGGAAAAGUAAUAUCUGUAGAGUUAACAGGCGGUGAGACAAUCAAUGGAACAGUGGUGCGGAUAGAUCGCUCAAUGAAUAUGCUACUGAAACAGUGCAUAAGAACAGGUGCUGAGGGCGAUGCAUUUUGGAAAUCACGGGAGUCUCUCAUCCGUGGGGCAAGUGUGCGGAACGUCCGGAUGGAUGAACGAGCGUUAGUGUUGCCUGAGGUACGACUCUCGGGAGACAAGAAGAGGCAACCAAGCAGGAGCAACACUAAUGCAAGUGGCUCAAAACGUGCCCGUAAAAACUAG